AUGGCAAGCAUCAUUGCGACCGCAGCUGCACCAGUCAGUGCACCGGCUGAGAUCCAGCCUGCGUCAAACUUUUCUCAGCACGAUGAAGAAAAGGCUAGUCGGGCUGCUACAAAUGGGGAGCAUGGAACGAGUAAUGACAGCCCGUCUACCAUUUCUGACAACGUUCACGCUGUGCAACGAUGGAACUCACCCCCGAUUAACAAGUAUCGAACCGCUGCAACGUUCUGGUCAUUUGUUGUGGUAGGAAUGAACGAUGGCUCUUAUGGUCUGGAAACUUACUAUAAUCUGAACCAUACCGUGGUUUCCCUGAUCUUUCUUUCUCCCUUUGUAGGAUAUGCCAUUGCAUCUGCAGUGAAUAAUCUCAUGCAUGUUCACUUUGGCCAAAGAGGUGUAGCAUGUAUUGCUCCCUUAUGCCAUUUGAUUCCGUAUCUAACUUUCUCGUUUCACCCACCCUAUCCUGUCCUCGUUGCCCUGUUUGUCCUCGUAGGCAUGGGCAAUGGAUUAGCAGACGCUGCUUGGUGUUCCUUCAUAGGGCAAAUGGCGAACUCGCAUGAAAUGUCCGGCAUUUUGCAGGCCUGCUACGCUCUUGGGGCAACCAUAGCCCCCCUAAUAGCUACUGCCCUCUCGGCUGAGGGUCAACCAGGCUGGUUUGCGUUCUACUACGUCAUGACUGCGGCCUCGGUGGUUGAGUUCGUUACUCUGACUGCUACAUUCUGGACUCAGACAGGCGCUGUGUACUUAUACGAGAACCCCACCGAGUCUGGAGGCAAAUCAGGCCGGACCCGCCAAGCUUUGAAGAAUAAACUGUCGUGGAUCUUCGCAAUUUUUGUCUUCGGGUACUGCGGUGCUGAGGUUGCACUCGGCGGAUGGAUAGUUGUCUUCAUGACUCGCAUCCGCGGCGCCACCUCGGUCACUGGCGGAGCAGUAGCAACCGGCUUCUGGGGCGGCAUGACGGCUGGCCGUCUCUUUCUGUCUUUGGUAACGAUUCGCCUUGGAGAAUUCUGGGCCAUGUUUCUUUAUCUCGGUGUGACUAUCGUGCUAGAACUCAUCUUCUGGCUGGUGCCCAACCUAGUCGUGAGCGCAGUGGCAGCAGCACUAAUUGGCGUGGCUAUGGGUAAGUCAACCCACAAUAGUUCCAGGGCCAUGUACAAGACAGGAAGACGGCGGACUAACUGUAAAAUGAUAGGCCCAAUGUAUCCGGUGGCAGUGGUUCUCAUCACCAAAGUAAUGCCUCGCUCGCUUCAUGUCGGUACCAUUGGGUUCGCCGCCGCUUUUGGUGGAUCAGGAGGAGCUAUCUUGCCAUUUGCUGUUGGCGCUAUUGCACAGGCAAAAGGUGUGCAAACUCUUCAGCCAAUUGUGCUUGCCAUUUGUGUCGUUCUCGGCCUUUUGUGGGUAUUACUUCCUCGACAGCCAAGACAGAACAAGGAAACAAGCGGAGAAGAGAGUUCGGGCCCUGCGUGCGACAACUAG